CACAAAGGGCUUGAUGCGAAGCUUCCCGGUGGUUUGAGGGAUUUUCCCCGGACAAAGGGUGCCACGGAGGGUUUUUCCCUGCCACAUCAGCAUCUUCCCCAAGGGAAAUCCCCUUGGAAAUAAUAGCUGGCAAAGGGAGGGGGGCAAAUAUACACACACGCGAGAGAGCCGAGAGAGAGAGAGGCGAUGGCGCUGACGAUCGGCAAUGGCGCCACACCGCGCCGGGAGUGGCAAUGCCAGUAGCUAGGCGUAGCGGCAGAUCACAGGGAUUUCUACGCGGGCGGCGCCAUAGAUCAGCCAAAAUGCAGGUCCACAUCUCGCCUAGUAUGCGGCGCAUCACGAUUUCUACAUCGAAUGGCUUCCUGGAUCCCUUGAAGAUCAAGGUCGCGGCGCGCUACCUCUCGCAUCGAUGCCUCUUCUGGUCGAUUCUGUUCCUUGCCUUUUUGCUGCCUUUCAUCUUCAUUACCACGGCGCUCAUCACGCUCGAGGAGGUCAACAAGUGCUCGUCAAUGUAUUGCUUAGGGAGGAAAAUAGGACCCAAGCUUCAUUGGAGGAGCGAUCCCACGAGGCAAUCCAGACAUGUCCACUCCAUCGUCAUGCAAGCGUCAAAGUCGGAUCUCCCCGCGGGCGAAAACGUGCCAGAGAGUUUUAGUGAGUUUGUGGCCGAGGUGGAGGCGAAUCGCUACGAUGGCAAGACGUGCAUUCUAAAGCUCAAGGCUAUGUUGGAACUUCAAGAGCAACGAACGAGAACUGCUAAGCUGCAAGAAGCAGUAUACAGGCAUUUUGCUUCUAGCGGGAUUCCAAAGAGUAUGCACUGUCUUGCGUUAAAACUUACUGCCGAGUACUCGUCCAAUGCUAAUGCCAGAAGAGAGCUGCCAUCGCCCGAGCUUACGUACAGACUGACCGAUCAUUCUUUCCACCACUUUGUCCUGGCCACGGACAAUGUGCUCGCGGCCUCUGUGGUUGUAUCGUCGGUCAUUCGAAACAGCGCGCAGCCUCAGAAGGUGGUGUUCCACGUUGUGACUGACAAGAAGACGUAUGCUGCGAUGCAUGCGUGGUUCGCUUUGAAUCCGCUGCCUCCUGCGAUCGUCGAAGUGAAGAGCUUGCAUCAGUUCGAGUGGCUCACCAAGGACAACAUUCCGGUUCUGGAGGCUAUGGAGAAUCAUAGCGACAUUCGCAGAUACUACCACGGGGAUCAUACUGCUGGUGCCGACUUAAAUGUUUCUCCGACCAUUUUAGCAUCGCGGCUGCAGGCUCGAAGUCCCAAGUAUAUCUCCAUCUUGAACCACCUGAGGAUAUAUCUUCCAGAGCUGUUUCCUGAGCUUGACAAAGUCGUGUUCUUAGACGACGAUGUCGUGGCUCAGAAGGACUUGUCUCCAUUAUUUGGAAUCGAUCUCAAUGGCAGAGUUAAUGGAGCCGUAGAAACCUGCCGAGGGGAGGACCCGUAUGUUAUGUCCAAGAGGUUCAAGACUUACUUCAACUUCUCGCAUCCUCUCAUAGCAAAUCACUUCGACCCGGAAAAAUGCGCCUGGGCGUAUGGGAUGAACGUAUUUGAUUUGCAAGCUUGGAGGAGAACGGACAUAACCAAGACAUAUCACUACUGGCAAAAGCAGAAUCUCAACUCUAACUUGACACUAUGGAGACUAGGUACUUUGCCUCCGGCACUGAUUGCUUUCGAUGGCUACGUAUAUCCUAUAGACUCCCAAUGGCAUAUGUUGGGCCUGGGUUACCAUGUCAAGAGCAACCUGGACAGCGUUCAAAAGGCCGCUGUGAUUCACUACAACGGGCAAGCAAAGCCGUGGCUGGACAUCGGGUUCUCAGUGCUAAGGCCGUUUUGGACGAAGUAUGUAAACUACUCGAACGAGUUCAUUAGGCGGUGUAAUAUUUUGGAAACUUAGGACGAGAUGCCAUCUCUGUUCAUACCAUUCUUUGGAGGAGAGGUACCGCAGCAAUUAUCAUCGUCAUCUUCGUCAUCGUCAUCUCAUCCACACGGGAAUAAAAGGAUUUAGCAGCAACUUUUUUUUUAAGCUCGGUCCAUCGUCGUCACGGUGAAAGAGGGUCGUUACUUCAGUGCUACUGGCUGCCGCCAUCACGUUUCUUUGCUUGGUUUUAAGAAGCGAGAGGCAGGCACGCAAAGCAUCGAAGAUUUUGAGAUAUAUUUCAGUGAAAGAAAAGAGGUGAAGUUACUGGUUUCCAGGUAACCAAAAGAGAGGUCGCUCAAUUAUUUCGGUUCGGUG